UAUUUGCAGUUGUAGAAUCCACAGUUGGGGACCUGGAGCUAAACUUGCUUGAUGUGACUGUUGGUGUGCCCGCGGGGACCCGGCGAGGACGCGCAGCAAAUGAACGGAGCUGUCCUAUGCAAGGAGAAGUAGUGGAACUCCAUACGCCUUAAAACCAUGUUACAAAGGGUUCUCACCAGUCACAUCAGCCGCUGCGGGAAGAAGCGUUAGGACUGCCGAGGGACUUGCGUUCUUGCAAUAGCGGCUGUUGGGGGCUUGCACGGAAUUCAGCAAAACACUACUGGUGCGCCCUCGGCACGGUGCCCAACCGCCGUCCGUUGCGGAAGCUUUUCGAUUUGCACAAUCGGAUCGCCUCAUGCCCAGUCCAAAAGUCAUCAUACAGUAUUCAAUCCACUUUGUUACUGAAGACUGCGUAAAACAACAUACACACAAGCGUGGUGGUCCGCUGCUGUCCUCGCUGCUGGCCUCCUGCCACGUCCUGCCCUGCCUGGCGCAGAGAGCCUCCGCUGCUGCGCUUGUGGCGCCCUGCCUGCCUACGUCAUCCAGGCCGCGGUUACGUCAUCACGUCUAGCCUGCUACCGUCGCGCGACGCUUGAGCAGGUUAGCGCCGGGCUGCCGUCAGGGAUGUUUGUGCUGCCUCCUCACUCCACGUCCCGUUCGAGCCGCCCAUCCAAUAUGCAGCUGUCCAACAGCCUGCGCAGCGCCCGCUCUGCUGCUGCCAGCAGCGGGUGCGCCCUGGCUUCCCGACCGGUCGUGGCGUGCCGCCGCGUCACGCCGUCCGUCACCCGGCCCGGCCCCUUCACCAUCGCCACCGGCCCACUGCUGCCUGCCUCCCGCAGCAAGGCCGGCGGCGGCAUCCGUGUAUUCAGCUCUGCGCUUUAUGAGUUUGGCCAGCAACUCAAGGAGGACCUCGACCAUGACCUUAGCCGGGCGCGUGUUGAUGCCAUCGCAAACAAAACUCGCAUCGCUGAGCUCGAGCAGCAGCGGCGCAUCCUGAUGGCGGUGGGUGGCAUGGCAGACGACGAGCCCGAGCUGAAGGCGGCGUUGAUGCAGCUUGAGGAGAUCCUGGGAGUCAGCUUCAACGAGCUGCAGCUGAUGCUGGCCGAGACGCUCGCCGACCACCCCGCCAAGAUGGACAACCUGGCUGCCAUGGCGGCCGUGGUGGGCACCGGCAGCGACGGCGGGGGCGACGAGAGCGGCGACCGCGACACCGCCGACGCCGCCGACGCCGACGGUGACGGCGGCGAGCGGGCCUGGCUGCGCUUCAAGGCUGACGUCCACGCCUGCCUGGCCGAUCUGCGCAACAGGAAGGAUGGCAUCACGCUGCAUCGCGCCAUUGUCAAGGACAUGGUGCGCGCCUCCAGCAACCCCGGCGCCCGCCGCUCGAGCAGCUCCGUGGACAAGAUGGCCCGGCAGGAGCUGGAUCGGCUGAUGCCCUUCCUGCUCGAUGACUUCCUGGACAAGAUGCCGGGUCUCAAGGCCGCGUUCACGGGCAAAGCAGAGCCCGGUGCCGAGGGUGAUGACGGCGAGGGCGAGGAGGAGGGCGAGGCGCAGGACGUCGGCGAGGACGCGGUGGACAGCAGCAGCAGCGGCGGUGGCGGCGGGGUGCUGUCCUGCGCGGCCUGGCAGCAGGUGCUGGGCCGCACGGUGCGGGCCGUCAGCCCCACGCUGGCGCUGGUGCUGGCGCGCGGCUACCUGGCCAUGGCGCCGCGGCAGUACCGGGCGCUGGCGCUGGUGCGGAUGAUCCUGCCCGGCAAGACUGGCGGCGGCGUGGACGGCGCGCUCACGCGCAAGGAGGGGCUGAGCCUCCUCAAGAAGCUCCGCCCUGGUAUCAGCGGCCUGGCUGACAAGGACAAGCAAUGGCUGGAGUGGGUCAUUGCCCGGCUGGCGGCGGAGUUCGCGGUCCAGUCCGCCGGCGAUGGCCACGAGCCCGAGCCCAAGCGCCCCGAGCUGCCUCCCACUGCUGUGCAGCGUAAGCCCCCGGCGGAGGAGCAGCACAAGCCCACCGCCGGUGCGCGCGACUCCCCGAACAUGUAACGGCGCGUCCCAUGUAUGAGCUGCGGGCGGGGGGCAGUUGCGGUGAUGAAAGGGCUGCUUCUUGCUGGGCACGAGCCCAUGAAGCCCACGGCAGCGACGCAUGCAUGCCACCGAAUCGUUUGUUGUGAGCUUUCUUGAGAUUGGGUGCACGGCCCUGCCCGUGUCGAUGUGGACGCGAUGGGACAUGGCAAGGGGCAGAUUGUUGUAGGCACGUGGCUGAUACAGCUGAGCCCCGAGAAACAAGUGCAUGGCUUGGCGUGCGCCUUGACGGCUGCUGUAGAGGUGAUGCCUUCGCGUGAGCGCGGGCAUCCGUGUACCGUAUGUGCGUGUGUGGGAAACUUCGACCACGUGGGAUACACAAUCAGCAGGACUGGCUAAAGGCGUCGUGAAGCUUCUCAGGGAUGCGAACAUGCGGGGCUCACAGAGAGGACGUUAUGGCUUGUUGCACACGCCGCGGCGGACAGCAACUUGUUCACUUGAUUGAUUGCAUGCUCUCUUGCGCUAGGGUAGCGGCAGAAGGGGCCAGGCGCAAAGGGGUGGCAGGGGGGGAAGUGGAACCGACAGUGUCAGACCUGGGCGUGUUACGCAGUGUUCCGCGUUGUGGCGUUCGUGAGCGCGGUGAUGCGGCGAGGUCACGCGCUUACGGCAUCAGCGCGCCACUCUGUAACGGACCGAACCU